CUCACCGCGCUCCGCAACGCCGUCGCCAUUUAUAGGAGUAUCAGCUGUGCUCGCCCCUGCAUGCAUUUCUUGCUCCUUGGUGAUGGUUGGAAGACACGGAGUUCCGUUCCGAGAAAGUGACGACGACAGCGGAGGCGUUCCCAUGGCGACGUGGCAGGUCAUCGUCGCCGUGGUCGAAGGAACGCGGCUGGCGCCAGACACCGCUGACUUGGAGACCAGCAGCAGCACCGCAGCCACGCAGCAGACGGACUCCACGGAGAAGACGGCGCUGGCCGUGGCCGCAACAGCCGCCGUCGACCUGACCAACCUGUUCUUCCUCCUCCGCGGCGACACCGACACCGACGCCGAGCGGCGACGGCGCUGGGGCUGGACCGGGGGAAUCUGCGUGCUGUUCGCGUUCGCGGCUCUCCUUUCCGCCGCCGGCACCGUGCUCGCUCCGCACGUCGUGUCCGCGGCGCGCCGGCGGGUCCUCUUGGUGGCUUCCGCGGCGGCGCUGUUCGUGGCGUCGGCCGGCACAGUCCUCGUCCUGCUGUUGGUGGAGCUGGACGCGUAAAGGGUUGCGCCGUGCGGUCGCCUGGUGUUGCGGACUCGGUUCUCUAGCCCGGGCCGGGCCGACAAAUUAAGCUAAGAUGGGCCUAACGAAAUGGGAAUAGGGAAGCUGUAGUUUGGUCACGGCCCUGUUGCACCAAUUUAUUAGCCUUUCUUUUCUAAUGCUUAAGUUGGCACGGACGCCGUUAGCCAAAAUAGUUGGUGUGCUCGAGUUGUCAUUUGUUAGCAAAAGUCACAGUAAGCCCCAAAGUCACAGUAAGCCCGCACAUAAUUUAAGAAAAUAGUGCGGAACCCAUGCUUUCCUUCGUAAGUAGCCCAAAAGGCAAUUGAAGAAAGAGCUGGAGUUGUGAACAUUCAGGCUUUCACACAGACCAUGGAUGUUAAGAUAAUUCACCAAGCUAGUGGAUUAUUCAAAUACUUUAGUCUCAUUUUACUGUAACUACAAUAAGACAGUGGACUCUAUGGUUACAUUA